GAAGGGCGUGAAUAUAUGAAGUGGAGCACAACCCCUACCUUGAUAUUCAGUCCACGAAGUGAAAGGACAAACACGGGAAUGACGAAGUUUCAAAAUAUGAGCACUUCACUUCUUGUGUUGGCUGGCAUCUCAGUUACUGGACUUAUUUUUUUGGGCUACAACUCGAUCUCGUUCGGAUAUAAAGAGAUAAGAUUAUGCCCCAACCUAACACAAGAGCACCAGGAAAACUCGAACUUGCAGUCACCACAAGGCCUAACACAAGAGCACCAGGAAAACCCGAACUUGCAGUCACCACAAGGGCUUUCAUACAAUCAGCCCAGUGUAGUUGGCCUCGAUGGCAAAGUUAUUGCCGUGACACCAUGGUUAGCCCCUAUUGUAUGGGAAGGAACUUUUGAUUCAGUCCUGAUUGAUUCAAUCUACAAACAACAAAACAUCACUAUUGCAACCACAGUCUUCGCUCUUGGAAAGUACACACAGUUUCUUAAAGUUUUCCUGGAGUCGGCAGAGCUGAAUUACUUUGUCGGAUUUCGUGUGCAUUAUUAUCUGUUCACCGAUCAUCCAGAACAGGUUCCUACAGUGAAACUGGGUCAUGGUCGUCAACUGACGGUGUUGAAAGUGGCUAGUUCUAACAGAUGGCAGGAGAUCACUUUGCGCAGGAUGGAAAAGCUGGAGAAACUGAUCGAAAGUAGAUUGGUCAAUGAAGCCGACUAUGUUUUCAGUCUUGAUGUGGACACAAAGUUCUACGGCCCAUGGGGGGCAGAGUCUUUGGGUCGUCUUAUAGGUGUGAUACAUCCUGGUUACUAUCAAACAGCGCGUCAACAUUUCCCAUAUGAGCGCAGACCCCAGUCUCAAGCGUACAUUCCUGUUGCUGAGGGUGAUUAUUAUUAUGGAGGAGCUGUGAUCGGUGGCUCAGUGAAAGAUGUACAUAAGGUUGCUAAAACCUGCCGGGAGCAGCUGGACAUUGAUGCAGCUAAUUCCAUUGAGGCGGCAUGGCAGGAGGAGUCUCAUUUAAACAAGUACUUCCUGUAUAACAAACCCAGCAAGGUGCUCUCACCAGAGUAUCUGUGGCAGGACUUCAAACCUCACACAAAUGAAGUCAAAAUCAUUCGCUUUUCUCAAGUUAUUAAAAACUAUGCCGCAGUUCGUCCAAACCCAUAAGAGCUGUUAACUGAAAUGUACAUAUUUAUGCACUUUAUCUGUAAUUCGUCUGUAAACACCCGUCAGGCAUUCAUGUAAAUGUAACAGAAGUUUGUAAUUGACUAACAAAACCUGUGGCCAAAUGUUUUUUCCUCAGGUGUUCAUCAACAUUUUUAUUGGUCCUAUCGCAGGUUAUUUAGAUGAAAUGCAUAACAUUGUAGAAAAAGAGAUUUACAAUUCAAUUGAAUCAAUGAGAAAUAAAACAGUCUGUCGUUGUUGUCAUACUUUAACAGCAUGAAUGCCCUAUCAGAGGUAUUUCUUCCCCUCACCACACUGCCAUAAAGAGUUGGCAACUGAUCCCAAAUGCUGGUUAUCUGGAUACUCACUUAUCAGUACAUUUGCAAAGACAAAAGAGAAGGCAAAGAAAAUGUGCUUUGUGCAUCGAAAACCAACAAUGCUGAAAGAUUUGAAUGAUGUUUUUCAUUUAGUCAAAAUAAGAGCGUGUUGUUGUAUAUAUCAAAUUCUGAAUUUGUAUGUUUGUGAGAGAUUUUUUUCACAUUUAUUCUCAUUUUUAUCACCUUGAUUUUGGUCAUAUGAGUUCUAUCUCGAAUGUAUGUGUUUUAUAACCCUUAUGCUGUUCUAAACAAAGUCUUGGUGUUAAAAUAAAAUCAGAACAACAA